GCUUGUUGCUGGCAUUGCCUGCGUUGCCACAGUGCUGGACAGGGCGACACAAAGCCUUUGGCUCCAGCCCUAGGAGAGGGAGAGCGAGCGAGCGAGCGAGGGCGCGCCUGGCACGGGCGGUUGAUUGUGGCUGGCACCGCGAGGAGGGGAACCGGAGCGCAGCGGGUUAACGCCGCCGCUCCAGCCCCAGCUUCUGCCUCUGGGGAAGGGAAGCAGAAGAAGAAGGGAAGGGGGCGGUGCCUCGCCCGGGAGCGCGGCACACCGCGCCGCAUCUGCCGUGCGCAUCUUUGCGGACAAGCUGGCCCUGCUGCGCCCCGGCCCACACCGCCGGCAUGAGCGCGCCGGGGAAAGCGCGCCGCGAGCGGGGAAGCCUGGCCGAAUACGAGACGCAGGUGAAAGAAAUGCGCUGGCAGAUGGGGGAGCAAGUCCGAGGUCUUGACUCCCAGGCUGAGAGUCGCCAGCAGUUACUCCAAGAUGUGGCUGACUUCUUGCGCCGGAAGGCUGAGGUGGAGCAAGAGUAUUCCCGGGGACUGGAGAAGCUGUCAGAACGCUUUUCGGCUAAGAUUCGUGGUUCCAAGGAACACCAGAACUUCAGGAAGGACCAAAAUCUCCCGUCUCCUCUGAAUUGUUGGUAUACAAUUCUCAACCAGACGCGGCAGGCAAGCCGGGAUCACGGAGCACUGAGUGAAAUCUACACAGGCCACUUGGCACUGCGAUUGGUGCACAUCAGUGAAGAUGUUGGGAGGCUGGCUCGGAAGAGCAAAGAGAUGGAGCAGCAGAUGCAGGACGAGCUACUGAAGGCAAUUUCAGAGUUGCAGAUGGCCAUGAAGUCUUAUCAGACGUACCGCAUUGACUGCCUGAAUGCAGAGGCGAAGCUGCGUGAGGCUGAGCGGCAAGAGGAGAAGCGUGGUGGCGGGAGGCAUUCUGACCCUGGGGGGUCCCCCAGUGGGGCAGGGCUUGAUAAGACCACCCGUCGCACCUCACUCAAGAAAGUUGAGCGGCUGCUGGAAAAGAGACAGUCCAAGUUCAUGGAGAGCAAGCUGAAAUGUGCCAAGGCCCGGAACGACUACUUGUUGAGUCUGCACGCUGCCAAUGCUGCCAUCAGCAACUAUUACGUGCGCGAUGUUGCUGACCUGCUAGACUGUUUUGACCUUGGCUUCCACCUUUCCUUGGGCAAAGUGCUGAGGACUUACCUAGCAGCAGAGUCCCGGGCCCAAGCGUCUUGGCAGCAGGGCCUGUGCACCAUUGAAGGAGCCAUUGAUGCCCUGGACCCACUGGGGGACAAGUCCAGGUUGAUGGAGGCCAACCCUGCAGCUUACUGUCCUCCCCUGUGCUUCGACUACCAGCCUCAUGAGGGCGACGAGGUGUCUGAGGUUCGGGCCGAGGGUCCCCUGAGAAAUGAACUAGUUUCCCGCUUCCAGCAUCUCCAGUCCCGCCUCAAUGCCAUCACCCUGGAGACAGACGAGGUAAACAAGACUCUGAAGGCCACCCUGCAAAGCCUGGUGGACCUGUUGGCAGUGGAGGAGCCAGAAGCACUGGAUGCUUUUCAGGGCUGUCAGUCGACGGAGUCGCUCAAGUCUACCGGCUCCGACGCUGGCGGGAAGCAGGCAUUGGCAAAGCGCCGGGCCAACCAGCAGGAGACAGAGAGCUUCUACAUCAUGAAAUUCAAAGAAUAUCUCUCUGGGCGAAGCAUUCAAACCAAACUACAAGCAAAGCAUGACCAGAUGAAGGAGGCGAUAGAGAAGGGUGCUGCUGUGGACCGAGAACUGGCCAGGCCACAGUCCCAGCGCAUCCGGCGUUCCCGCCCUCCCUCGUGCUGCCACCACAAGCUCUUCGAGGGUGACCUUCAGACCUUUUUGGAGAGCUCAGGCCAGGCUGUGCCCCUUGUCGUGGAGAGCUGCAUCCGCUUCAUCAAUCUCCAUGGGCUCCAGCAUGAAGGUAUUUUUCGAGUGCCAGGGUCCCAAGCACAGGUAUCAGAGAUCCGGAAUGCCUUUGAGAAAGGUGAGGACCCACUGGCAGAUGGCUACCUGCAGCAUGACUUGGAUUCAGUAGCUGGAGUGCUGAAACUGUAUUUUCGGGGAUUGGAGAAGCCACUCUUUCCUAGUGACAUUGUCCCUGAGCUGCUGGCAACAGCCCAACUCGAAUCUUCAGCCGAGCGUAUCUCCCACCUCCGGGCUCUCCUUUCCCAGCUCCCACCUGCUGUGUUGGUGGUCCUGCGGUACCUCUUUGCUUUCCUCAACCACUUGUCUCACUAUAGCGAUGAGAACAUGAUGGAUCCCCACAACCUAGCUGUGUGCUUUGGCCCUACCUUGGUGACGGUCCCUGCAGGCCAGGAUGCCGUGUCGGUGCAGCCCCACAUCAACGAGGUGGUUAAGUGCCUGAUCAUGCAUCACGAAGCCAUCUUCCCUGGGACCAGCCAACUGCCCGGCCCCCAGUAUGAGAAGGUCAUGGCCCUGGCUGAGGAGGAGUACUGUGAUGUGUUGCCACUGGAAGCCACAGCAGAGGAGCCUGAGACGGAGGGGACCCCUGAAACACCAGCUAGUGAAGAUGAGUGUGACUCCCAGUCCGAGACUGUGCCUCGCUCUGUUUCCGCGGUUCAACAUGAGGAGCGCUUUAUGCCACAGCGAGUGGGCCCAGUUGGCUGGCGGCGAGGUGAGCGUGGCAGCAACCGGGGACUAGUGCCUCCCAUUGUCCUGCCUGACAGCGAGAAACAAUCUAGCCCCCGGAGUUCCAGGUUAGAGAUUGACACGGGAUCCUCUCUGGAUGAGCCGCUCCCUGAACCCGCCAGCAGGCUGCGGAUGAAUUCGGAUGCGGGUGGUGGGGGUCGCCAGCGUGGUGGAGGGAGCAGCCCCAUCCGCAAGCUGGCGUCGCCUUUCAUGGACGGGGGCCGCCUGUCCUUCCCCCUCCUGCAGCCUGCCCACUCCAGGACCUUUCACCCAACGGAAAGGCCAGAAGUUUGCCCACGGCCCUGGGGAGUCAACAGCUCAGAGAGGCAGGGGCAGAUGGAGAAACGGGUGGAAGUAGAUAAGGAGGUUGCCAGAAAUAUGGAUUCUGUGUUCAAGGAACUUCUUGGAAAAACUUCUGGCUUGAAGCCCAUGGGGGCUGACGAUCCCUUCAACCACCCUGAACAGCCAGACCCCCCAAAGGGUACCCCCGCUGGCAAGAAGGGAGCCAUCCCUGCGAAAAUGGCCUCUUCAAACAGGGUGCUCCUGCGGGGCAGAGGGGUCUUCAAAUCCUCUGGGAACGGAGAGUGAGCCAGACUUGGGGGUGGGGGAAAGGGUCCCCAACAUGUCUUGCCCAAUACUGUGAUAAUCUCCCCCUUCCCCCUUCAUCUUCUGAAUACCAACUCAGGGCAGAUGUGUGAGUUUCUCUCUCUCUCUCUCCUGUUACAAAACGAUUUGGGAGGGCGGUGAUCUGAUUUUUAUGGGCCAAGCCAAAUGCAUUUAGCGGAAUUUGCUAUCCAGUGUCCUUGUGCACACUGGCGGUGAGUCUGGAAGUUUUAAUGUUGUGGAUUCGGGUGUGUGUGUGUGUGUCGGGGGUGGGGGUGGGGAGCUGCUUUAAACAUAUGGCAACUUUUAGGAUGGUCUGCCCCCACCCGUUCAGCCUCUCCUCUGCUACCCAUGGUUUGCACUUGGAUUUGCAUGUGAAAGUGGUGAGGUGGGGGACCAGGAUUCCUUUGGAUCUGUUCUUGGCAGGUGGGUGGGGGGCUAAUAGUGACUAGUGUGGGUUACAAUGCAAGGUGUUGAAAAGGAGGAUUCUCUCUCUUGUACGUGUGUUCUGUUCCUGACAUGAUUCACACAAGCCUUUGCCAGCUGUGCUCCCUUCUUCCCUCUCUUCCCUCCCCCUUCCCAAACCCUUCAAUGUAUACCUUGGUGCUUCUCACAUUUGUCUGGAUUUGUAAAACUCUUCCCCCACACGCUGUCCCCGGUGCAACCUCAUUCCUGUGCGCAUCACCCUUUUACAUUGGGGCAAUAAGUAAGGGGACAUAGUUGGGGGAGGGCAUCCAUGUGCCAAUAUUUCCCUUGCAUUCAAGGAAGGUCUACUUUGUUCCUCUCUUUCCUUUUUUUUAACACAAAAGUCUGAGCUGCUCAGUAUUAAUCAGGGCUGUGUGUAACUCUAUGCUUUAAAAUUCUGUGCCAAGAAAAGCUGAAUUCUUCAACCUGUAUAAAUUAUGCAAAUUAAGCAAACUUGCGCGGAGUCUCUUUCAUAAUUUAUUCUGCUUGGGCUAGUCAAAAAGAGGGCGAAGCAUCUGUACAGUGCUCUGAGAUUCCACCCCCUGGAAAACUUACUAAGCCACUCCUGUGGCUUCUAAAAUAUCAACAGGCUUUGGACCACACACUUUCAAGCAUAUCUUUGCAGCCAUUAAGGCUAGAAACUUGCUUUAAUUUUUUAUUUUAAAAAUACAGCUGAGAUUCUCAGGAAGUGGAAUUUGGUGCCCAAUACCACAUCCUGUGCCUUUUUGGUUCUCCCACAGAAUCACAGCAUACACACAGCCCUGGUAUUGAUCCUCUUCUCUAUUACCAGAAACAAUUCUGUACUGUGAUCUCCCCCUGCUGUCUCUUGCAAUAAACUGGAUUUGUAAACUCUCCACAGAGAGCACCUUCCAGCUGGAAUUUUUUAAU